UCCUUUUUUUUAGCGAAUAAAAGCCGCAUAGCAUCGCAUCUGUUCGGGUUACUUUAGUUAAAGAAGACAAGUCGCGUAGAUUAAAAAUUACUGUAGAUAAACACUAAGCAGAUAGACACGUAAGCGGAUCAAAGAAAAACAACCAAAGAUGAGGCAACUGGCGAGCAUAUUGUUGCUGGCUUUUGUCGUGGCCAAAACUAAUGCCUUCUAUUCGCCCACUGAUGGCGUCGUGGAGCUGACGCCCUCAAAUUUCGACCGAGAGGUACUGAAAGACGACGCCAUCUGGAUUGUGGAGUUCUAUGCCCCGUGGUGCGGCCAUUGCCAAAACCUAGUUCCCGAAUACAAAAAGCUGGCCAAGGCUCUAAAAGGAGUUGUUAAAGUGGGUUCCGUUAAUGCCGAUGCGGAUAGCACGUUGAGCGGCCAGUUUGGUGUACGUGGCUUUCCCACCAUCAAGAUUUUCGGAGCCAACAAGAAAUCGCCCACAGAUUACAACGGCCAAAGGACGGCUAAGGCCAUUGCUGAAGCUGCUUUAGCUGAGGUCAAGAAAAAGGUACAGGGUGUCCUGGGUGGCGGAGGAUCCUCCUCCGGCGGCUCCUCUAGCUCAUCCGGCGAUGAGGUCAUCGAACUCACAGAGGACAACUUUGACAAACUGGUCCUGAACUCCGACGACAUCUGGCUGGUGGAGUUCUUUGCGCCAUGGUGUGGACACUGCAAGAAUCUGGCUCCCGAAUGGGCCAAGGCCGCCAAGGAGCUGAAGGGCAAGGUCAAGCUGGGUGCCCUGGAUGCCACCGCCCAUCAGAGCAAGGCAGCUGAAUACAAUGUUCGUGGUUAUCCCACAAUUAAAUUCUUCCCGGCGGGCUCCAAGCGCGCCAGCGAUGCCCAGGAGUAUGAUGGCGGACGCACUGCUUCGGAUAUUGUAGCCUGGGCCGGCGAUAAGCAUGUGGCCAAUGUGCCAGCACCGGAACUUAUUGAAAUCACCAACGAGUCCAGCUUUGACAGCGCCUGCGAGGGCAAGCCAUUGUGUGUCGUCUCCGUGCUGCCACACAUUCUUGACUGCGAUGCCAAGUGCCGCAACAAGUUCCUGGAUACUCUGCGCACCCUGGGCGAGAAGUUCAAGCAGAAACUCUGGGGCUGGGCAUGGGCAGAAGGCGGUCAGCAAUUGGCCCUGGAGGAGUCCCUGGAAGUGGGAGGUUUCGGCUACCCUGCUAUGGCUGUGGUCAACUUUAAGAAGAUGAAAUUCUCCGUGCUUAAGGGAUCCUUCUCUAAGGACGGCAUCAAUGAGUUCCUGCGCGACAUUUCCUACGGACGUGGACACACGGCACCGGUUCGCGGAGCCAAAAAGCCAACCAUUGUGUCCGUGGAUCCGUGGGACGGAAAAGAUGGCCAGCUGCCCACCGAGGAGGACAUCGAUCUGAGCGACAUCGAUCUGGAUAAGGAUGAGCUGUAAGGCUUUAGGAGAUCGGAGACCAAGACUGUGCGGCUCGAGCUCAAAUUUCCACUUAUUAAACUUACAAACACUUGCAUUUUAAAUGAUAUUCAUUAGUCAGCCAGCGUAUCUAAAUAUAAAUAAUUCAUAAUUAUCUAUUAGCUUUUUUUUACCAUCCUCACAUAGAUCUAGACAAAACGAAACCAGCGAACAUAAGAACUAUGUACAAUAAAAUUAAUAAACUGUGCAACAAAACGAGUUAA